UCACCGGAAAAGUCUCCAAUUCAGGCUUCCAGAGCCUGGGACUUUUUCAAGGUUAUCGAUCGAUCGUCAGAAUCUGGGGAGCCGAGGCAAUGGGAUGAGAAGCGAGCUGGCCAGAGUGGUCGCUGAGACAGCUGUGAAGGCUGAGGAGAAACAUGGAGACGCCCUCCUGCUCACCGGAGGACAAUGCCUAUAAAAACAUGCAAGAAUCCCCGGAGCUCCACGUGACCAGGAACCUCGAUGAAGUUGUCGCUGCGGUCAGCAUCACACCUCGGAGGAAGACUCAGGGCCGGCUGCUGCAGACUCAUGACAAGCUCUUUCGGCCACCUCGGGAGAAGCUCCAGCACUGCACCGAGAAAGCCAAGCUCUACUUGGACAGUCACGAGCAUAAGCAUGCCAUCCGGGAAUUGGUGCGCUGCGUGGCCCUCACCAGGAUCUGCUACGGGGACGCACACUGGAAGCUGGCGGAGGCGCACGUGAACCUGGCGCAAGGCUACCUGCAGCUGGGCGGACUCUCACUGCAGGCAAAACAACAUGCAGAAAAGGCCAAGGACAUCCUCACCAGCUCCGUGACUGCCUCAUGUGCCGACAGCACUGACGUGUUCAAAUGCUCCAUCGAGCUCUUCCUCACCACCGCCCAGGUCCUGCUGGCCCUGCAGAAGGUUAAGGAGGCGGCAGAGAACCUGAGCAAGGCCGAGCGACUGUCCCACAAGCUGCUGCAGUGUGGCUGCAUCCCCAAGGACGAGUGGGUGGACACACAGUGGCGCAUCGAGCUGACAUCGGCCCAGAUCUACCAAGGUCAGAAGAAGCCGAAAGAAGCUCUGGCUCGCUACCAGAAAGCCUUGCACCAUGCGGUGAUCAGCAAAGGGGAGAAGAGCCUGGAGUGCGUCCCUAUCCUGCGGGAGCUGGCGGGCGCUGAGCAAGCACUAGGACUGCACGAGGCGGCUGUGCAGCACUUCCAGCAGGCUCACCUCAUCCUCCUGAGCAGAAGCCCCUUGAAUGAGGACGCAGCCGACUCUGCGCACUGUGUAGCACACGCUGCCCUCACCUCAGGGACACCUGAGCACCAUGAUGUAGCUGACCAGUAUUUUCAGGAGACCUUGGAACACCUCAAGAAGUGCGAAGAGCUAGGGAAAGCCAGAUUCCUCUCCAUCCAGGAUGAAUACUGCCAGUUUCUACAAGCCACCGGCCAGCAAGAGAAAGCCUUCGCCAUCCUGCGGGAGUCCCUAGAAGCCAAAGAGGGUGUGUUCGGAGACCUCAGCCCUGAGGUGGUGGAGACCUACAGAAUCCUGAGCACGGCCGACCUGGCACAGAAGAACUACACUGGGGCCCACAAGAAGCUAAAGAAGUGCCUGCAGCUGCAGACGUUGAUGUACGGAGCCCAGGACAGGAGGACACAGGCCACACGGGAGGCGCUGGACAGCCUGAGCAGGCUCCCCGAGAUGGCCUCGAAGCGGAGGCAGCCUCUGAAGACCAAACCCCCAUCCCCUGCCGGUGCGUCCUCGCACCGGCCCGCUGGGAGGGCCAGGCCCAGCACUGCCCACUGA